ACCCACCAGUGCAAGGGGAGAGAGAAAAUCUUGCCGUCAAUGUCCGCGCUCCCUUCCAAGGGCGCUAGGGUUUAACCCCAACUGCUCGAUCCAUCCCUUCCCAGUCCGAUUCGGUACCAUCGGGGCGGCGAUAUGGGGUACCUCCAGGAGGCUAGGGAGAAUCACGUCAAGAAGAAGGUCGAGGAAGCUUUGCGCAGCAAAAUGAAACAAAAGGCCCUUAAGGAAUGUGAUUUUUAUUGUUCAAAGUAUGCUGAGUGUGCUAGAGGAAGAACAUUUUCUGUGGUAUGGCAAUGCCGUAAACAAGCAAAAGAGUUGAAUGAAUGCCUUCAUCAGUUCACAAAUGAUUCAGUCCUGGAAGAAAUGAAGAAAGCAUACAUGGUUGAGCAAGAGAGCAAGGAGAUGAAACAAUAAGCAUCACACAAUGGACAAUGGGCAUCACGUUGUUCUUGUUUGUACGUAUACUGUUGCUUUUGGUGCAUGCUAAAUUCAUGCAUAACCUGAAAUUAGCAUAAGGCAUCAUUGUCUAAGUUUCUGUCAAGUACACAAUCAGAUGUUACCAUCUGUUUCAAUUUUCAUCUCAAAUAGAUUUCUUAUUUGAUGAAGAUAAUUUGGUUGCUUUUUGUUUCCCUAUUACUGGUAGCUCUGAUUUUGCCAUUAGUGUGGAAGAUAUUGGAUUCAGAAUCAAA